AUGGACCGAAAGGUUAAAGGCCUUAGUUUGGAAUUGGCCCUCCAGUACGUGAUGCCCGCCUUAAGACCAGGCCCGUUCAAGGAUAGUGUAUGCCGGAACCCCCCUCAGACGAUGGAGGAGUUGCGACAACGGGCGGCCGACGAAGCUCAGGUGGAAAACAUGAAACAGAAUCACCGGCGAGAACAGCAGGAGGCUAAGGCGGAGAAAAAUGACAACAGAAAGGCAGAAGGAUCUGGAAAUAGGCCGACCGGUCCGAAACUGAGGGAAGGGCCAAGGGGCCCGAGGUUUCCCCAUUAUACCCCCCUCAACGCUCCUCGGACCCGGAUACUCCAGGAAGCGUUGAGCACCCAAAUCUUACCCGCACCAGCAAAGAGACCGACCCCUCCGGGGGCGGACCUAAGUAAGCAUUGUUUGUACCACCAGAAUUCCGGGCAUGAUACGGAAGACUGCGUGACGUUGAAAGAUAAAAUUGAAGAACUAAUCCAUAUGGGGCGACUGCAACAAUACGUUAAGAGGGAGGACGUACGGCGUCAGGAAGAACUGCCGAGGAGUGAACAUCCCUAUACGAGGUUCAAAAGUCCUCCUUGGGAGCGAAGAAAGGAGGGUAGGAGCCACCGAGAUUACGAUCGUCCGCCAAGAGAUGAGGGAAGACUGACGGCCCAAAGGGAUAGGAGUCGCAGCCGAGGGAAUGAGCAAAGAGGACCUUUGAGGGGAAUGAUUAACACCAUCUUUGGAGGCUUCGCUGGAGGAGGACCUACCUCCUCCGCGAGAAAGAGAAGUAUCCGGGCGUUGAGAUCCAUACACACUGUGGAUGUACCACGAAGAACUAUGCCGCCCAUCACUUUUUCAGAUGAAGACUUCCAUGCCCCGGACCCCGACCAAGACGAUCCGAUGGUCAUCGAUAUUGAAGUAGCCCGGUACAGGGUUAGUAGAGUGUUAGUUGACCAAGGAAGUUCAGUCAACAUACUGUAUUGGAAGAUCUUUUUGCAAAUGGACAUCUUAGAGGACCUCAUCGUCCCCUAUAACGAGCAGAUAGUAGGGUUCGUCGGAGAGCGAGUGGACACACGAGGAUAUAUUGACUUGCACACCCGUUUGGGGACAGGACGGGAAAGUGGGGAGAUGAAGGUGAGAUUCCUUCUCGUGGAGGCACACACCUCUUAUAAUGUCCUGAUAGGACGACCGUGCCUAAACGCAUUCGGAGCUAUCGUCUCCACCCCCCACUUGACCAUGAAGUAUCCAACUCAGAAGGGGACCAUUUGCACCGUACGGGCUAAUCAAAAGACGGCAAGGGAGUGUUAUGCGACCGGAUUGCGCAUAUACCCAAAGGAAGAAAGGAGGAAAAUGAGUCGGUCAGAGGUCGCCCUGGCCGACCUUGACCCGAGAACCAAUACUGAAGAUCGGUUAGAACCGGUGGGAGAAACUCAACCCAUUAUGAUAGCAAGGGGAUUACCGGCUGAAAUUGAAAAGGAGUUGUGA